GAAGGCCGCAGCCAUUGGAAGCCAUGGCCUACUGUAGGAGAACGAGCGCCAGCGCGGGGCUGGCGCUGCGGUUUGGCUCCUGGUCAUUUCUGCGCGCGAGUCCGGUGGGCAUUCCUCGUUGCUGAGCAAGCGCCAGCGCGUGUGGGAAAGCAGGCCCAUCUGUAGAUAAUGCGAAUAAUCUGGUAUAGCAUUGUCUGCGGCUCGCUGGCAGCGCCUGGCGUGCCGGGAGCAGCGACCUUCCCCGACCUUCCAGGCACGACCCCGUAGGCGUCCGCGCUGGCGCUGGCAACACGCGACUGAGUUAUAGGAGCGCGAUGUGAUACUCUAGACAGCCAGUGAUGGCUCAGACCGGGGUCCACUCAUGAAUGGAUCGUGGUUCCUGACGCGUGCGACUGGUGCGACCGAGGGCGACCGUUGCAGACAUGCACAUCAUGCGGGGCGAAAGAGGGUGCGGAAGGCUAAGGAAAUUGGUGCCCAGCCGCCAAAAGUCGGCUCCGGCGCUGCCGUGGAAGUUGACACGACGGGGGCGAAGCACUCGGACGAGUCAUCUUGGCGUUUCCAGGCGUUUUCAUCACAGCGAAGGGAAGUUGGAACUAAGACAUUGCAGCGUUGCGUGCCAAAGAUAAUAGCUAUGCGCGCGACCAUGACCGUGCUCGCCGCAGAGGUUCGGUCUUGUCGCUCGUUGCGCGAUACACUUAUCUGCGCCGGCUCACCGUGUUGCCCAUCACGCCACUUCUGGUCACGUUCGCCACACCGUUGGCGCGUGUACUCGUCGCGUCGUCCCACUGCAGUUAGGGUUUCGGUGCCAUCCGCUGAUGUCAACCUUGGCUGCAUCGACUCGCACGGGCGCGCUCGGCGACGCGGCCCCGCUGAGUUCAUCCUUGACGGAGCACAAACCGAUAGCCUUGUUUGUGUACCAGACGCCGCAAUCGACAUCGGCUACGCACGGGCGCUGGUGACGCGCCCUGAAGCUUUGGGUACUGGGGAUUCGAACCCCGAGGUUUUGCGGCCAUACACGCGGCUGAGCGCCCUGCGCUUGCGGGCCAGCAGCAGUCGUGCCGCCGGGCACCUGCUGCGCAGCUCCUUGCUACCCUCGUUAGAGCUCCUCACGCUGUACAGCCACUACGACGACAAUGGCGGUGGCGAGGAGGAGAAGGGGCAGCGGCUGGCGGAGUCUUCAGCGCCCGAGCCUUCUACUUCGGCAGCGAUGGGGGGCAGUGUGGGAGCAGCGGACGUGCCCCCAGACUUCCUGGCGUUCCAGGGACUGCGGGAGCUAACCAUUGACGAGGGCGGUACGCGGCACGGCAGCGGGUGGCCGUGGGGCGAGUGGGCCGCGUUCCGACACCUGAGCGCGUUGGAGAGCUUGACUUGGAUUGGCGACUACCAGUACGGGCUGCGCGGGGACGUGCGCGACGCGCUGCCGGCGCUGUCCGGCCUCCGCCGCCUGUCCAUGCACUCCGCCUACCACUGCCCCCAGGGACUGGCCCAGCUGCAGCACCUGGAGGACCUCAGCGUCACCGUCAGAUCGGGCGGUGGCGACUCGCUGGGAGCCUGGGACCUGCGCGGCCUGCGCGGCCUGCGGCGGGCGGUGUUCCAAGGCCGGAGCUUUGGCGGGCUCACGCACCUGCCGCGCAUGGACGCCUCACUGGCAGCGCUGGAGCGGCUGUGCCUGGUGGAUGUGCAGGUGUCCCUGCGGACCACCGAGGCGGCUCGGGGGAGCCCAGCAAGCGAUCAGGCCGGGGCGCAGCAAUCGCAACAGCAAGAGCACGCCACGGCCGGCACCGCCGCGGCCGCGGCUGAUGUGCAGCUCAACCCGCUGCACGACCUGUUUGAGGUCUGGGUGGCGCCCUGUGGCGUGCUGCCCAGUAUCCGGACCGUGGAGGUCUGGUAUCCCUUCUUCACGUCCUCCGGCAGUGCCCUCACGGGGCAGCUGGGGCUCGACCCGGGGGCGGGUGGGGGCGGCUGGUUCCAGGGAGGGGAUGGGGCACGGUGGCGGGCGCGGCUAUGGGCCUACAAGGGCGAGGGCGAGUAUGGCGAGCUGGAGGGGCCGUGUGUGCUGCACGUGGUGUCGGGCGUCCCGGUGGAUGGAGUGCAGGGCGAGUCGGCGUGCCGGCUGUGGUUGAAGCUCGCGUUUGAGCGGGUGUACUAAACGAGUGAAAGUGGGAGGCCGCACACGGCAGGUCAUGUCAAUGUGCUGCUGCCAUCAUGUACGAGGCAGUGAGGCGGCGAGGCAGUGAGGCGGUGGGCAGAGGCAUGGCGCACUGCAUAUACAGAUAUUCACAGCUACACCAGCACACAGGAGAGCGUGACAUACCAUGGCCGCGCCUGUUGUGAGCGCCCAGCGCGCCCCAAGCGUUACACCGACUCCCGGCCUCAGCCGGGAGCUACGUGACCACGGCACGUGACCGCGGAGGCCUUUGUGAAUUAUAUGAAGGAGCUGAAGCAGGGUGUGUGUUAUGGCAGGUGGCGUGUGUUGCUUGAUGUGGUGGGCACGGCCCUGGCCUCAUAUGCUGCGGGCAAGCUGUGGUGCCUGCUGUGCCUGGCGCUGCGGCCGGCCAGGCCAGGCAAGCCGAGUAAGGGGUAUUCCAGCGUUUGCUGCCAUAGUUGCCGCAAAAUGUUUACAGUCAAGGAUGGCUUUGUUAUUCGCAGGAAAGGUGGCAAGUGCAUGGGCAAGCUGACGGAGCUGGCGGUGGUGGCGCGCAAGGUGAUUGAGAAGGCGGCGGCGAAGGAGAAGGCGAAGCAGCAGCUGGCGGAGGAGGAGAAGGCGAAGCAGGCUAAGGAGGUGCUGAUCAUUAGCGACAGUGACUGAGGCGUCAUAGGUUUAGACAAGGAGGAGGCGGCGAUCGAGGCAGUGAAGGAGGCAAGGACGCAAUGUGAUGCGCUCCCACGCUGUAGCAGGAAAGCAGACAAAAGCCACAUCUAGAUGCCCCAGGGCGUGUUCCGCCCACACACGCACAAGAGGUAUGAGGAAGAGAGGGAUCCCAGAGCGAGGGGUCCCAGAAACGGAGUUGGAAGUAAGUGGCAAAGUACAGUGUGUUGAAUCAUUCACUAUGGCUGACAGUGAGUGAGGGGCGUGUCGAGGUAUGUCGAGGCCUCAAGGGCACGGUGUGAGAGGAGUUGAGAGAGGUAUGAAGUCUGCGUCAUUACACCGGUAUGCGGACUGGUCGUGUGGUCUGCGGGACGGUCGUGGUGCGAGGGCGCGAACCCGCGGUGCUGCUGAACGACAUGUCGUGCCACAUGUCAGUCCCGGACUGUCCCGGAGCGCACGGUGGGACCCUCUAUGCGCCAAGCGUAGCCGUGGCUGUGGAGGGCAUGAGGGGAUGAGAGCAGGCCCCCGUGGCCCCGGCUGCAAACAUGGGGAGAAGGACGACGACGUCCUGCCGAGUCCCAACGGUAUGGCAAGUCAGCAGCAGCAGACCUGUCGCCCACCAUUGCGGCUAGAGCCAUUGGAACG